AUGGCGCUGCGCACGAGUGCGACCCGAGCGACGGCACAAUCGGCAGCCCUGCUGCUUCGUUCUUUGAACGGCCCGGCUUUCGUGCCUGCCUUAUCUGCGGCAAAGCAGGUCUGUCGUCAGUACUCUGCAGCGGCUUCCGUUGAUUCUGAGAAGCAGACGGAUGCACCUCAGCACCAUGCAUCUCUUCCGUCCAUUGCCUCUUCUGAUGCGGGCCGUCACUCGUUGACCGACGCCAACUCCAUGUACAUCAUGACUGAAGAGCAUCAGAAGCUGUUGUGCACCAAAAUUAUGAAGCCUAUUCGUCGCCGCCAGGUCCAAGAGAUUAAGUCUUGCGCCACCUUGGUGCGCAAGGAUGUCAUGCAGGCGCUCAACCAGCUUAACAAGGCUUUGGAUGCCAAUCAACCUUGCCGCGUGCUCUUCUAUGGCAACGACGGCCUGGGCAAGACGAGUGCGCUUGGCCAUAUUUUGCAUCACUACUACUGCAAAUCCUACGCUAUCUUGCCUGCUUUCCGAACGGCCCAGUGGUAUUUUGAACCCAACACGGUGGAUAUCUCGACCACACGCCCUGGCGACAUUGACCUUAACAUUGAUGCGCGCUUCUGGCUCCACACCUUUAAUGCAUUGAACUCUGAAUUGCUUGGCCAGAUGACCACGACCAAGGAGCACACGCUUUCGCAGGACAUUGUUCUGCCACAGGGCACAGCCUUGUCCGAGUUGUCGGACAUGGCACAGCAAAAUAACCGCAUCGCAACCGACCUGGCUCUCAUCGCCAUCAACGAGCUUUUGGAGAACCCCAACCGAUAUGGUGGUUUGACGGUGAACAUGAAUGAGGGCCUCCGCACUGCCAUUCGAAACUCGCAGCGUCUGGACAAGGGCGAGAAUGAUCUCAAGCAACCCGCUUGCGCCGUGCGCAUGAAAAACUACACCCUGGAAGAAGUCAGCUCCGUCAUUGGCUUUCACAGUGGCAUUGGGUGGACUACGCUGCCCAAUCCGGCUAAGGAUGCCCACUUUGCAGCAGAGCUUCAACUGUUGACCGACUUUGACCCGGCGUCAAUCAGCAUCAUGAUGCGCCGGCACUAA